AUGCUCUCUGCAACCGUCACCAUUAUUGUCCUUGCCUCGCUGUUUGUCGGCGGCCAAGCAGGGACGCUCGCUGAAGAAAAGGUAGCCCUCGACACGCUCUUUGCUUCACUUGGCGGUCUCAGCGGCCUCUGGACCAUCUCGACCGGGUGGAACACGCCCGGCCCCGAUCCGUGCUCGUACCAUGGCGUUACUUGCUCGACGGCCACCUCGGAUGGGCUCAACCACGUGACCGCGGUCUCGCUCCCGUCCAACGGGCUCACCGGGACGCUGCCCGACACCGCGGCGGCGUGGAACCUUGUCGAGCUCAAGCGCCUUGACCUGUCCACCAACGCCAUUUCGGGCUCGCUGCCAGCCGCCAUCGGCUCGCUCUCGCGGCUCGAGCACCUCAACUUUGGUGUCUUCCCGAUGCCCACCAGCUUCCUCACCUACCUCUUCAACCCGAUGCCCGGCAAUGCGCUGACCGGAACGAUGCCGGCGUCGUGGGCCGGCCUCACCGCUAUGAAGGAGUUUUCGCUCCAGCGCGCCGGCGAGAUCACGGGCGAGCUGCCGGACCUCUCAGGCUGGACCUCGCUCCAAAAGUUUAACGUGUACAGCUGCAAGUUCUCGGGCGAGUUCCCGGUCGCCUUUCUUUCCAUGCCAAGCCUCGAUUUGCUCUUCCUGGGCGACAACUUGUUCACCACGCUGCCUUCCGGCCUCGCAUCGACCAGCAUCAAGAACUUUGUGUUUGUUAACAACGCCCUGGUUGACAAGGCCUUCCCGCAGUGGAUUCCGCAGUGGACCUCGCUCGCCGACUUUCAUAUCGACGGCAACGGUCUCACUGGUACGCUCCCUACCGGCAUGUCGAGUCUCACUGGGCUCUCGACGCUCGGCCUUUCGAUGAACAAGCUCGAGGGCCCCGUUCCGUCCGAGCUCUUCGACAUUCCUUUCAUCACCAUCAUGUUCCUCCACAACAACCUGUGGACAGGCGACGUGCCGGCCGCCAUCUCCACCCCUCCGUACCUGUUUUUCUUCUCGCUCUCCGAGUCUCCUCUCCUCACCGGCACCAUCCCGGAACACAUCGGCAACGCCAGCAGCCUCUCGCUCCUCUUCCUCAACGAGAACGCGCUCACCGGAACCGUCCCGGCCUCGUUCGGCGAACUCAAGGAGCUCACUACCAUCCGGCUGGAGGUCAACCAGCUCUCCGGCACCCUUCCGGCCUCGCUCACCCACCUUGACCUCGCCGCCCAGGUCUGGCUCUACGAUAACAACUUUGACGGCGCCUUUCCGCCAGGCAUCGGCAACGCCACUGACCUCCGCAUCUACGGCAACUCGUUUGACGGCUCGCUCGACUUUCUCUGCACCAUGCCAUCGCUCACCAGCCUCUCGGCCUCGCGGAACAACUUUUCCUCCGCCGGCGCGUGCCUCACCUCGUCGGCUCCGGCCGGCCUCGAGACCCUCGACCUCAGCCACAACGCGUUCAGCGGCGCUUUUCCACCCGAGCUCUCCUCGCUCACCUCUGUCAAGACCCUCGACCUCUCGUACAACGCGCUUUCCGGGCCGACCAUGCCGUCAUCGUACGCCAGCUUUGCCGCACUCCGCUCGCUCCGCGUCUCUCAUAACGCGCUGUCCGGCGCCAUGAUCGACUACCUCUUCCCGCUCCGCGACCUGGCCGACCUCGGCGUCGUAGACUUUUCCGGUAACUCGAUCACCGGCGACCUCCGCGGCUCGCUCUUUGUCACCGUCAACCCACCCAAGACAUACUUCCGCGCUCUCUCCUCGCUCCUUGUCCACGACAACAAUGUUACCGGGACUGUGCCCAAGUUCAUCGGUGAGCUGCCUCUUCUCCUCGAGUUCAACGCCCGCAACAACGACCUCGAAGGCACUAUCCCUUCCUCCUUUGCCACCGUCUCGUUUGUGACGCUCACCGGAAACCCGCGGAUGGCUCUCGGCGACGAGCCGCUCCACUCGUGGCUCAACGCCACCUUCCCAUUCAUCCAGAACGAGGGCCAGCGCUUUGCCUGCCCUUCCUUCACCAACACCGACGGCUCUUCAAACAUCUUUGUCGACUCGUCAUACUACGGCUCGCGGUUCUGCGUCUGCGAGGUUGGUACCGCAGGCGCCAACGGGGAUUGCAUCGACUGCUCCAACCUCGGCACGCGCGUCAUCUGUUCUGGCGGCGCAGUCGACAUCUCGUACACGACUGCAAACAACCACUCUGCCGCCGUCAGCGUGCGCCCGGGUACAGUCACCAUUGCGCCUGGAUGGUUCCCGCUCCAGUACGGCGCCCAGGGUACCAUGCCUGUCCUCGAGCGCUGUUACCAGAUCCGCCUCGACGAGUCGGCGUGUAACCCCGACGCGCUCGACCCGUUUGUUUGCAAGCGUGGCUACGAGGAUCGCCUCUGCUCGCGGUGCUCGACCGACUUUUACUCCAAGGGGCGCCGCUGCGAUGAGUGCAUCUCUGUCGUGCCCAUCAUCAUCGCCAUUGUCUACGGCUCGCUCUUCCUCGGCUGGUACCUCUACACCAUCUCGGUCUCCAUGCCCGGUUUUUACGCGCCGACCAUCAAGUCGCUCUUUAUUUUCCUCCAGACCUCAGUCGUCCUCGUCACUGAGACGCCUGUUCUCUCGUGGCCGUCCAACGUCACCGCGCUCUUUGACGGCGGCCUUUCUUGGGCCACCUUUUCCAUCGGCAUGCUCAACUGCCUCUCCGGCGGCGGUUCGGCCUUUACCACCAACACCAUCCUCAAGAUUGUGUUCAUUCCGGCCGUCUUCUCGCUCACCAUCUUUGCCUACCUCGUUGUCCAGGUCAUCACCCGCGUCGCAGGCACCAAACUCUUCUCGCUCACCGAGUGGGAGUGGCGCUCCGGCGCUGUCCGCGUCAUGCUCGCCGUCCUCAACCUCGGCUAUCUGCCCAUCGCCGUCGGUGUUCUCUCCACCCUCUUCUGCGCGCAGGACGACGCCCUUGGCAGGUCGUAUCUCUUUGCCGCGCCUUGGAUCGAGUGCACCUUUUCGUCGUCCGAGUACACCAAGCUCUUUGCACUCGGCCUCGCAGGCACCUUUAUCUACGCGGCUGGUAUCCCCUUUAUGUUCAUCGUUCUUCUCUACCACUUCCGCCACCCGAAGGACCGCAUUCCUUCGCCCGAGGAGCGCCAGGGCAUCCUGCCCAAGGACCAUAUCCUCCUCUCGCGCCACGGCACCGCCACCGACGACUGGCUCGGCUUCCUGUACUACUCGUACAAGCCCAAGUACUUUUGGUUUGAGCUCGCCAUCCUCAUCCGCCGCCUCUUCGUCGCCCUCAUUGCCGUGCUGCCCUCGGACUCGACGCCGCUCCCGCUCUACGGCCUCCUCCUCACCCUCAUUGCUGCCGUUUGCGUCCAGGUCUACGCCGAGCCGUUCCGUAACUCCAAGAUCAACAAGCUCGAGGCUGUUGCCCUCGUCCAGCUCCUUAUCACCUUUUCAUGCGGCCUCAUCUUUUCCUCCAAGACCUUUGUCAACUCGGACUCGGCCGUCCUUCCACUCGAGAUUCUGCUUAUUCUUUCGAACGUGCUCGUCGUGGCCCUCUUUGGCUACGCCCUGUUCUGGUUCAUGAACCGCUCGUGCAACGCGUCUGCCAUCUUGCCUGACGACGACGACGACGAGGUCAACCGCGAGAUGCUCUCGGCACGCUCCAACCGUUCCAACCCGAACCUCGCCAUCCACGCCCGCCCGCCUGUCGCCGAUGUCGUCGGCUCGGUGCCCGCCACCGCUGCCGCCCGCCCGCAUCCGGCCGUCCUUCCGCCACUGCACAUCGCCAAGCCGCGCGCCACGCCGCCUCCUGCCGUCGCGGCCCGCAAGCAAACCUCGCACUCGCCAGAGGCCUCGUCCAACUCGUAUGACGCCGGCUGCUCGUCGCCCGACCACGCCACCAUCCGCAAACGUGACACCCCUUCGCCGCCCGAGGACGCCGUCCCGCCGCGCGGCCGCAAGACCUCCGGCUCGGAGCUGCCGCUCCUCUCGCGCCCGGCAGACUCGGUCGCCCGUCGCUCGCGCUCCGACAAGCGCCGCGGCUCCGCCGCCCGUCCGCCGCUCGCGCCGUCCACCCCGCCCAUCAGCGGCGUUGCCCCGCGCACCUUUUCGGGCUCUUCGCUUCGCCGCAACUCGUCGUCUCGCGCCUCGUCGCGCGCCUCCUCCCGCUCCUCCUCGCGCGCCCGCCGCAACGGCUCGGGCCGCCGCAACUCGAUCCGCGGCAGUGCCACCAACGGCCGUCGCAACUCUUCCUCCUUCUCGUCUAUCAACGAGUCGUCCGACGAGUAG